AACCUCACUCUUGCUCGCUCUCACCCACCCCCACACCCAACCCAUAUAUUCCCCCCACCAUCCGCUGUUACAACUCACCAGACACACACAUAUACAACAAAAACAAUCAUCACAUCGCAUUGGCCAUGGCUCUUCGCAGACUCUCCUCCACCAUCCCCAAACCUUUCACCAACGCCGUCUCUAUUUAUCGCACGUCCUCUUCGCUCUCCGCGCAAGACAGAGACAAAUCUCGCGUCGAUUGGAUAAAGCAGCUCAACGAUCCUCUCGAGGCCGUGGAUCCCGAGGUCGCGGACAUAAUCGAACUCGAAAAAGCUCGUCAAUGGAAGGGACUCGAACUUAUACCUUCAGAAAAUUUCACGUCGUUGUCGGUGAUGCAAGCCGUUGGAUCGGUGAUGACGAAUAAAUAUAGUGAAGGAUACCCCGGUGCUAGAUACUAUGGAGGAAAUGAGUACAUUGACAUGGCUGAGACUUUCUGUCAGAAGCGUGCAUUAGAAACUUUUGGGUUGGAUCCAUCGAAAUGGGGAGUUAACGUGCAGUCAUUAUCUGGGUCACCUUCUAACUUCCAAGUUUACACGGCUUUAUUGAAACCCCAUGAGAGAAUUAUGGCGCUUGAUCUUCCCCAUGGUGGGCAUCUAUCUCAUGGCUAUCAGACUGACACCAAGAAGAUAUCAGCUGUAUCUAUAUUUUUUGAAACGAUGCCUUACAAAUUGAAUGAGAGCACUGGUUAUAUCGAUUAUGACCAGUUGGAAAAAAGUGCUGCACUUUUUAGGCCAAAAUUAAUAGUUGCUGGUGCUAGUGCUUAUGCUCGUCUUUAUGAUUAUGCACGUGUUCGCAAGGUCUGUGAUAAGCAGAAGGCAGUUUUGUUGGCUGAUAUGGCACAUAUCAGUGGAUUGGUUGCUGCAGGUGUUAUUCCUUCUCCUUUUGAUUAUGCAGAUGUUGUAACAACCACAACACAUAAGUCACUUCGUGGACCACGUGGGGCUAUGAUAUUUUUCAGAAAGGGUGUGAAAGAGAUAAACAAGCAAGGGAAGGAAGUGUUGUAUGACUACGAAGACAAAAUAAAUCAGGCCGUCUUUCCUGGACUUCAAGGUGGUCCACACAAUCACACUAUUGCAGGCUUAGCAGUUGCACUGAAGCAGGCUAUGACACCAGAAUUCAAGAAUUACCAAAAGCAGGUUCUUAGUAACUGCUCUGCAUUUGCACAGAGUUUGUUAGAGAAAGGCUACGAACUUGUAUCUGGUGGAACUGAUAACCAUUUAGUGUUAGUGAACUUAAGGAACAAGGGCAUUGAUGGUUCAAGGGUUGAGAAGGUGUUAGAAUCAGUUCAUAUAGCUGCCAAUAAAAAUACUGUUCCGGGAGAUGUGUCUGCUAUGGUUCCUGGAGGCAUCCGAAUGGGAACCCCUGCUCUCACAUCCAGGGGUUUUGUUGAGGAGGAUUUUAAAAAAGUGGCUGAAUACUUUGAUGGGGCAGUCAAGUUAGCCUUGCAGAUUAAGGGAAAUACUAAAGGUACAAAGUUGAAGGAUUUUGUGGAAGCUAUGCAAUCAGAUGAACAGAUUCAAUCGAAGAUUGCUAAUCUUCGUCAUGAAGUAGAGGGUUAUGCUAAGCAGUUUCCCACCAUUGGUUUUGAGAAAGAAACAAUGAAGUAUAGUAAGUGAGGAUGAGUGGAUGACAUGUGAAACUUCUUUUAGAGUAUUACAUGGAAGAUUUUGGAAUUAAUAAGACGGACUUAAAUGUGUUGCUAGAUGGAUUUGUACCCGAUUCUUGGAUGAAAUUGUGAAUUAUAUUGUCAAUGUUUAAAAUGAAAGAACAAUUCCUUUCAAACUUGAGAAAGAUGUUAUUGUUUUAAAGUUAAAAAUUCCUUUUGAUAACCAAUGUACUGAUGCAGCAAAAAUAUGAGGUUGAGCAUUUGAGUAUUUUG